CCACCCCCUCCCCCUCCCCAAUCCACUGUGCGACCGCAUCCAACUCUGUACCACCCAUGGCGUCGUCUUCGUCCUCGAUCCCCCAGGCCGUUGACACGGAUCCGCUCCCGCUCAUUCCCUGCCCCCGUUGCGGUCGUCAAGUGCUCACCGACAUCUCGUCCGGUGGGAAGAGGCCUGGGAACCGCUACUACAAGUGCAUCCUCCGGAGCUGCCCCUUCUUCGAAUGGCAGGAGUCGUACCGUGCUGUACUGGAGGCCGUUCGCGCUCGAGCUUUGCUCGCCCCGCCAUCGCCUCCUUCCACUGGACUACUUCACCGCACUCUUCGGCAGGAACUCGGCACACAGCCUGCUCCAUGCGCCCCGCAAGUCUGCGCCCCCGCCACGCCGUCGGCGCCGAGCGGCGAUUUGUCCAGGGUUGCUAUCAUGCUCAGUGCCACCAACCUUAUGGUCACCGUCAUCAUGCUGGGCAUAUGCGUCCUCAUUCUGGCGAUUGUGUACUUCAAGUGAUGUAGUGCACACGCAGCAGCUCACUGAAUGUAGUAAUGUGGUCCGGGCUUAGUAUUAGUAGCGCCGCAAGUGUACUGCUCUGUGUUUAGAUUUCAGGGCAUAGUGUGUUCACAGAGUCAGUUUGUCAUCACGUUUGUAGUCAAGUUGAGCUUCGCUGUCACUGCUUUAUUAAGUUCCAGUGUGAUCCCCAUGUAAUCAGGCUUCAUUUGUUAGACGUAUUAAUAUUAUGUUAUCUUGAAUUUUCCACGCUGGAAGUUUGUUUCUGGUU